GUGCUGCAACCACAGAUGAUGAGCGGCAGCAAAUGCCUGAAGUUGCUCAGGUUCACCUCGGAGAUAUGGUAAACGUGUUCCGGCACGGUUCCCUCGUUAUGGAAAACAUCGGCGAACGAACGACGCCCACUUCCGGGUGCGUUCUGUUCGGAACCGUUAGUGGAGCGAUCGGACUGGUCACGCAAAUUCCUGCCGACUAUUACGAGUUUUUGCGCAAACUGCAGGAGAACCUGACCGAUACGAUCAAAUCGGUUGGCAAAAUAGAUCACGCGUACUGGCGCAGUUUUCACACGGAGAUGAAAACGGAACGAUGCGAAGGCUUUAUUGAUGGGGAUUUGGUUGAGAGUUUUCUGGAUCUAAAUCGGGAAAAAAUGCACGAAGCAGCUUUAGGACUACAGAUUGACGUCGACGGUACCAAGAAGGAAGCGACGGUGGACGACAUUAUAAAAAUUGUAGAGGAUCUAACUAGGAUACACUGAAAAAGUCAGUCAUGUUAAACCUGCUUGUGUUGCAAACCUGGGUUAUUACGCCGUCGUCACACAGAUCGAAUGGUAUUCAUCGAGAAAAAUGGGAAUUUUGAAAUGUUUCAACCCCAACAGAAGUCACACUAGGGUAUGAAGCAGUUCAUUUGUUCGAGGUAAGAUGAAAUAUGCGUUUACCUACUAAAUGAUUCUUUCUUGUUUCCGAGUAAAAAAAGGAAUACAGCGAUCUAUAAAAAUGUGAUAAA